GCCAAUAAAAGCGCUCCCCUUCAACAAAACCACGGUGUGACAGGGCGCAGACUUGAAAAGAAGCGUAGACUUGUGCGUGUCAUAUCCGUUGAAGCAAGCACCGCGCACGAUGCCGAGCCCGUAAACCAGCAUCCCCAUCCACGGUAGCUGUCAGCAGAGAAUGGCUGACAGCGAUGCGGAGUCCUUCGCCUCGGCGCUGGACGACUUCGAUGAUAGCCAAGUCGUGACCCCCGCUGCGGAGCCGGCGGCAGGUGCCCCCGCAGCCACGGCCACCGACGCGGCGACCGAGGUUGGCGCUGCUAAGGACUCUGCUAACAGCGAAGAGGAUGGCGUGCCGCAGGCGCCCUACCCACUGCACAGGGCCUGCUGGAACGGCCAGACGGCGCUGGUGCGGCGGCUGGCUGCGGGGCUGGGCAAGGAGCAGUUCAAGGAGCUGGACGGGCAGGGCAACACGGCGCUGCACAUUGCGGUCAUGCGGCGCCGCCCCGCCUGUGUGGCGGCGCUGCUGGAGGCGGGCUGCCCGGCCGGGCCCCGCAACGCGCGCGGCUGGGUGCCGCUGAUGGAGGCGGUGGAGCUGGGCGACAAGCCGCUGGCGCUGCAGCUGGCGCGGGCAGAGGUGGCGCAGAUGCGCCAGGCGGUCAAGUCCAAGAAGGCGGCGCUGCUGGGCCUGCUGCGCACCCAGCUGCCCGACUUCAGCCUGCAGAUCAAGUGGGAGCUGGGCAGCGGAAUGCCGGGGGUGGGGGCGCUGGUGCGGAGGUACGCCCCACACGACACCUACACCCUGUGGAAGAAGGGCGGCCGCAUCCGUGUGGACGGCAGCCUGAUGGGCGUGGACGAGUCCUCCCCCUCCCUGGUGCCGGGCUGGAAGCGCGGCCACUUCUCACUGCUGUACGACGCCUCCGGAGACAAGGCCAAGUCCGUGUUCGUAAACCACACCAAGAAAACCUGGAUCGACGUCAAGGCCGCGCGCAAGAAGCUGGGUGUGGACGAGGGCGCCGCACUGGAGGCGGAGGUGGACAUGCUGAUGACGUCAGAGGUGCUGCAGCACAAGAAGCUCAAGUCUGUGGACUUCCGCUUCAAGCCGGUGGCUGGCUGGCUGAGCAAGGAGGUCCGCGAGAAGGUGGAGGGCUGGAACACGCGGCUGUACGAGGCGGCGGGCCGCAUGGUGGCCAUCUCGCGCUACAAGAUGCCGUACGGCCUCGCGCCCACCACCACCUUCGACCAGUACCUAGCCGCCACGUACGAGCCAGACCCGGUGGUGGAGUCAGCCGUCAACCCGCUCAACCCCGCGUCGCUCAAGGACCGCGGAAUGAACCCCGCCAAGGCCGCCGCCAAGGCCGCGGUGGCCGCCAAGCACCAACGUAUAGCCGCCGCCGCCGCCCAGGCGGAGGACGAGCGGGCGGCGACGGUGGCGGCGGCGGCGGCGGCGCGCGCCGCCGCGGGCGCCAUGCGCGCUCUGGCGCCCCGCAUUGACGUGGAUGAAGAUGACGAUGAAGAGGAUGGGCAGGGCGGCGGGGAGGGGGAGGGGGAUGAGGAGCUGGACCGGGCGGCAGCGGAGCUGGCGGCAGCGGAGCUGGCGGAGGCCAACGGGAACGGCGAGAAGGGGGCAAAGGGCAAGAAGGGCAACGGCAGUAGCAGCAAGAAAAAGCUGGGGACCAGCGGCAGUAGCGGCUUCAGUGGCAUGUUCAAAAUGCAAAGUGCCGGCGGCGCAGCCUCGCGGAAAAGCGGCGGCGGCGCCGCCACCGCCGCCGACGGCGGCGGCACGGUUGUGCAUGCGACGGCGGCGGCAGACGCCGACGGCGCCUCACCGUCGCCACCGCCGCCGCCGCCGGCAGCAUCACCAUCCAAACAGACGGCGCUGUCAACGGGCGGGACCGGGGCGGGGGCGGGGGACGCCGCCGCCUCCGCUGCCAAGGCCAUGGACGUGGACGCACUGCUGAAGGAGGACCUCACAGCGUGGGCGGCCCAGGUGGCGGCGGAUGCCGCCAAGGCCAAUGGCGGCGCCGCCGCUGACGGCGACGGCGAUGACGAGCAGGCGGCGGCGGCAGCCGCGCGGCGGUCGGGCGGCGGCGCGGGACCGGGGCCAGGCAGCAGCAGCAGCGCGGCGGCGGCGGCGGCAUCGACGGUGGGCAAAACGUCGGUUAGCAGCGGUGGCGGCGGGAGCAGCAGCAGCAUGUUUGGGAGCUGGGGCUUCGGCAAGAAGAAGGAGGGGGGCGGUGCGGCGCCGCCGCCUGCGCCGUCGACGGGUGCAGGGACAGGGACAGGGGCAGGGGCGGGCGGGGGCUCCGGCGCGCCGGCGGUGAGUGCCGCGGUUGUGAAGAAGAGCCGCAAGAUAACGGGGCGGUGCUGGAUGGCGGAGUCCUUCCCCAUCAGCCUCAACCAGCUGCUUCCGCUGCUGGAGGUUGUGGGCACCGCCAACAAGGCGUUCGCCAAGGUGGCUCGCUUCAUGCGCAAGUACGGCGACCUGGACAUGUUCCCAGUCAAGGUCCAGAUCCCGCUGCUGCUCACGGUGUACAUGAUGCUCAGCUUCAAACAGUUCACACUGCUCGACAGCAGCAGCGGCAGCAACGUAGGCAGCGGGGUGCCGGCAGCAGCUGCAGCAGCAGCAGCAGCAGCAGCAGCAGCGGCGUCAGGCGGCAAGGGCAAGGGCGGCAAGGACAACGGCGGGGGGCCGCACAGCGCACCGGCGCCGGACGACUCGUUCUUUGAAAUCCCGGAGGGAUACACCCAGGGCAAGCUUGAGGACGAGUCCGCCAGGGGCAUGCGGCAAGGCGGCGAUGGCCAGGAGGAGGAGGAGGGGGAGGAGGAGGAGGAGGAAGCAGAAGGCGGGAAGAGCAGUGGCGACGGCGACGGCGAGGGUGGGGGCGCCAAGCAGGAGAAAGGGGAAGCGGGCAAAGGGGCCGGCGACAGUAAGGCGGAGCGGGGCGGCGCCAAGGACGGCUCCGACCUCGAAACGGUCGAGUCGCUUCGGGCGUCGCAGUUUAAGAUGAAGAAGAAGAAGCAACAGCAGCAGGAGGAAAAGAAGAAGAAGAAGAAAGACGGCGGUGACGAGGGGCCGUCGCUGCGGCUGCUCAAGGGGACUACGGAGGAUGACGAGAUGGGGCUGGGGGGCUUGGAUUACGACGACUGAAGAGGAGAGAUUGGAGAGAGCGUGUGUAGAGAGCGUGUGUAGAGAGAGUGUGGAGAGAGUUGGCAGAGUGGAGGAAGAGAGCUGAGGCGGGCGUGGAGACGAGGGCUGCGCAGUGCUGGCAACGGGUGUAGGUUUGGUGCAGAGAGGCGUGGAGGGGCUCCGAGAGUGGCGGUGUGCGGGCGGCCGGCAGCAGGCUGGGGGCGCGUGCUUGGGGGCAGCUGAGGUUGCGGCAGCGGUCGGGGUGGUGAACUGGUGACGGCACGGGGUGGCACGCCUGGUGGUCGCCGGACUGGGGACGGGAUCAUUUUAUCGUGAUGACUGCUGCACGAGGCAUAAUGGGCGCGAGUGGCGUCCUUGUGUAUCAGAAAGCAACUCGG